UGUUCCACUGGAUGUCAUAAGGUGAAAGCACCAAUUUGUAAGUCGCUCUGGAUAAGAGCGUCUGCUAAAUGACUUAAAUGUAAAUGUAAGUACAUCUACUCAUUGUUUAAAAAAUAUACACCAUCCACCUAUAGUAUCUUUCUGGUUAUGGAUGACCUUCCCUUAAACAGUCUAUUCUUAUUUGAUUUAUCUGCCCUUGUUGAAGGGCUAUGUAUGUCCUCUUGUGCAGGUGUGAUUGUGGCAUGCUGUUUUGCAGGAAUAUGUGUGAUUGGCACCAUCCUGUGGUCAAAAAGUGCAAUUAAACUGCUCUUUGUGAUAGUGUCGCAGUUCUUAUAUUUUCCAGUUUAAACAUUCAUGUUUUGUCUAUAUUUUCGGGAUUCAAAUGUGAUCUUGAAUAUCGCUAACAAACGGAUAAAUGGUCUAUUGUGGUCAGUGACGCACCCCUUUUGAAGGCAGAGCCCGCAUCAAACAUGCAGCCUCCUGAUUGGCUGAGGAGAUUGUCAAUUAAAAAGGGAGAGUUAUCGGAAACAAAUAUGGCUACCCUGUCUGUUGGAGAGCCUCAAGAGAUGGAAGUGGACCGGAAGGGAGAGUCAGAGGAGUCCGGAGAUGAUGAGACCAGGAGGAAGAGCAUCAAUGGGGAGGUAGACCUGAACCAGCCUCCUGCUACAGUUAAAGAGGAGUCUCCCGUUGAUAUGGAUACCAUAACCUUGGACCCAGAGGAAGAGGAUGUUGAUCUCGUCCACUGUAGGAUUGGGAAGAUUGAGGGAUUGGAGGUGUUGAGGAAGGCUAAGACGCUCUCUCUAAGGCAGAACCUGAUCAAAAACAUUGAGAACCUGGAGACGUUAGUGACUCUGAAGGAGCUGGAUCUCUACGACAACCAAAUCCGCAAACUUGAGAACCUGCAGACCCUCACAGAACUGGACCAGCUAGACGUGUCCUUCAAUCUUCUGAGGAAGGUGGAGGGUCUGGAGCGUCUGACGGGGCUGAAGAAGCUAUUCCUGCUGCACAACAAGAUCAGCCACAUCGCCAAUUUGGACCAUCUCACCGGCCUGGAGAUGCUGGAGCUGGGCUCUAACCGCAUCCGGGUAAUUGAGAAUUUGGACUCUCUGUCCUCCUUGACGAGUCUGUUUCUGGGCACCAACAAGAUCACGCAGUUUCAGCAUCUGGAGGGCCUACACAAUCUGACAGUCCUUAGCAUCCAGAGUAACCGCAUCACCAAGAUGGAGGGUCUGCAGGGUCUGGUCAACCUGAAGGAGCUCUACCUGAGUCACAAUGGCAUCGAGGUCAUAGAGGGCCUGGAGAACAACAAAAAGCUGACAACUCUGGACAUCGCAGCCAACCGGGUGAAGAAAAUUGAAAACAUCAGCCAUUUAACAGACCUACAGGAAUUCUGGAUGAAUGAUAAUCAGAUAGAGAACUGGUCAGAUCUGGAUGAGCUGAAGAGCUCCAAGGCCCUGGAGACGGUGUACCUGGAGAGGAACCCCUUACAGAAGGACCCCCAAUACCGCAGGAAGAUCAUGCUGGCGCUGCCCACCGUACGCCAGAUCGAUGCCACCUUCAUCCGCUUCUAACCGGCCCGCGCCCGCCGUGCCACAUCUCGUACCCCCACCUCAGUGUCCCCCACCUCCCACUCACCGUCCUUCCCCUGCCACUGCAAAAUGGAUCUCCGCUCACUGCACUAAUUCACCACAGACACAUACUGAUACACACAGACAAGGGUUCCCUUUGUAUAACAUGUCUACUUAAAUACACACAUUCUGACCAUCACUUUUCUCCUUAACGUCUCACGCACAAACACGUGCACGCAUGUACACACUCACACUCACCACCUGACCGAUGCUAUUGUGUGACCGCUUAUUAAUUUAUUCCCAGAAUUGGACUGGAAAUGGGCUGGUAGGAGUGGGGGCUGCAGGGAUGUCAAAAAGACCCCAUCUUUCCCCACUGUCCUCCCUCCCUCUUUUCUCCUUCUCUCCUCCCUUUUCCUUUUGCAUGUGGAGUAGGGAACGAUUGCCCUGCCUGAUUGGCCUUUGUCUGGAUGAUAAAAAAAAGAAGGCAGGCUGUUUUCUCUUUGUUAUUGAAAUUGCAUUGCACUUGGCAGAGAGGGAGGUGAGUGGUUUUUUAGGAAGGUCUACUACACUCAACAGAUAUCAAAGUCUUAUUUUUUUUUUAUAUUAAAGAAUUUAAAAUGAUCAAAUGUGUUUAAAAAAAAUCAAAAUAAUGUGGCCGUAUGAUACUUAGUUUGCCAUAGGGAUAUUUAGAGCAUCACAAUGUUGGACUGCUUGCAUACUGCAGCUGCAUUACAGACACUGCCUCGUGCACGUGGUAUCUUGUUCAAAGUGAAGGCUUGAACUUAAUUCACGCCCUGUCACAUCAAAGAAGCGCACUCUUUGUGCUCUCUGAAACUGGUCUGCCUCAGGCCAAUAAGGCAAAUGUUCUGAAUACAUUGUCACCCGAAGGAACAGACCAGGGUUUUUUUCCAUUGAUUUCUUAUAAAACAUAUUUGUUUUGAAUGGUAAUCCUUCGGUAAACAUCCCCAGGAGAUCGUCUGCUUUUGAUUGUAAAUAAUCUAAUUCUCUUAGACUGACUCAACAUCCUAAUUCAAAUGAAUCUGCAGUCUGAGCUGUUAAUCCAUAUGUCAAUCUUGCUGCUGUGAAAUGCAACUAACGUUCAGUGAUGGUGGUAUUCAGCGCUUCUUUCUUUUCAGGCCAUGACCCUCAAAUGUUUUAAGAUAAUGUAAAGACAAAUAUGACAAUCUGUUAUGAUAUUUCUAAGUCAAUAGCCCAUGCAUAUACAUGUAUGGAGUCACCUACAGUUGAACACUUACAGGGAAAGUUUAACAGAAGUGAACUGUGUUUGUGAACAGAAAUGGGCUCCUAUGACCUAUUAACCUGGAUCAGUGGAGUGUGUCUGAGUUAAGGCAUGUGGAAGGGAAGGAGUGUUUGUGGUGUAAACUACUUUUAACCACAUUGCUCAGGACCUUACUAUUGCCAAUCAAUGGACCAACGGGCUCAGAAUUUGCCCCUAACCACAGAUCUAGGAUCAGUUAACCCUUCUGUACCCCCAAUCAGAUUUGAACUUUAAUAGUGUAAUGACCCCCCCUAUCAGUGGUUAGGGGAAAAUGAAUAUUCCCACCUGCAGAGUGAAGGGUGACUCAUACAACUGGGGCUUAUUCAAGAGGGUGCAACAUUUUAGAAUGUUACAGAUAAAAGUGCAAUGUAUAGAAUUUCAACUAUUGACUCCCUUUGCCAGACAAGUUGGCAGUUCUAUACAUGACUUUUGUAUCUGCCCCACUAGUCCCAGUCCCUCAUAUGGGUUCAUAAAACAAUGCCACACAACUCACUUGUAUUUUUUGCCUUGUUUUUAGUCAAGCUUGGUAGACUGUUCUUGAACUGAAUGUAUUAUAAAAGACUAAAUAAUAAAGUUACUUAAAUUUA